AUGUACGGCUUGUCCAUCACAAGCAGGGAGGAGCAGGCUGAGCCACCGGCGAUCACAGCGAUUGUUCGAGGACAAGGAGGGCUUAUCCGUCUCCUCAAGAAAGCAGGAUGCAACAUGGAUGCAAGACUCGACGAUGGAAGGACGGCGUUGCACGUUGCAGCGAUGCUGGGGCAGGAAGCAAGCGUGGCAGAGCUGGUGGAUGCAGGGGCUGAUCUGACUUUGAGGGACAAAGUUGGCAGGACAUUCGCGUACUGGGCGAGUGGACAUGGACACCUGAGGGUGCUGGAGACCGUUGAAAGCAAAUGUGGAGAAGAGAGGCUGAGAGAAAUUUUGAACAUGACGAAUAAUGACGGCUGCACAUGCGCGCAUUGGGCGAGCAACGGAGGGCACUUGAAGGUGCUGACGUAUCUAAAGGAGAAAUGCGGAGUGAGUAUGUUGAAAGUGAAGGAGAAGCGAAAUUGGACAUGCGCGCAUGAGGCGAGCAGGAAUGGGCACGUGGAGGUUCUGCGGUACCUUGCGGAGACAUGCGGGAACGAGCUGUUCUAUGUAAAGGAUGUGUACGGCGCGACAUGCCAGUUCAUGGCGAGUUAUGCGGGUCAAUGGGAGGUGGUGCAGUAUCUGCAAUCACUGACAUGA